AGACAAGAGCGAGCCACAUUCGACCGACGCGUAGCACCUACCACCAGUGUUUAGACCUUUCGUUUCUUUCUUCGUCUACCAAAAAACGUGUCAGACCCCAAAGCUCUGGGCAACUAAUUGUGUCGAGAGAAUCGAAAAUUUUGCCAACAAAGUGUGAUUUCAACGUGUACAACUCUGAAGAUGAAGGCUCGCAUUGAAGAUAACGUCAUCUACUCGCCCUAUCCAAGCAUUGAAAUUCCACUGUGUUCUUUCUACACUCUCGCAAGACAGAGGCUGCUUGUGGAUCCCGACAAGAUUGCUCUGGUUGGUGAUGGCGUGAGCCUCACACGUGCUCAGGUGUUGUCUGGCAUGGAACGCUACGCUGUGGGUUUCCGGCAGCAUGGCGUGCUUCCAGGGGACCGAGUGUGCAUUCACAUGGACAACGCAGUAGAAAAUCUAUUAGCCAUGUAUGGCUGUGUCCUGGCUGGAGCCACCAUUGUAUUAGCCAAGACGUCGCUCACGGAACGAGAACUCCGCUAUCAAGCAGAAGACGGUGAUUGUACGCAAAUCAUCACUGAAGAGCAGUAUACAAGGAAGGUCAAGGCAGCAGUUGGAAAUAUCAAUAUGAAAGCCCUCUUUUGCAUGGGACAUGCAGCCGGCUUCGUGCCAGCUUCCGCGUUUUCGAAGCUGGAUGAGCAACAGUUCUGCGAGUGCCCCAUUGACGACCCUCGGAGCACUGUGCUCGCUGUGUGCUACACGUCUGGAACCACGGGGAUGCCGAAGGGCGCAGAAAUCACACACUACAACUACGUGGCGUUGUUUUACACGGCAAGGUUGCACGUGCCAUGGGGGGAAGGAGACAUCUUUUUUGGCUCGCUGCCGAUCACGCACCAGUCCGGUUUGGUGUUCCUUAUGACACCUAUACUGGAUGGUGGUAGUUGCGCUGUUGUGUCGGCCAAGCUUACGCCUACAGAAAUCCUGGACGCUGUGGAUAAGUACAAGUCGACGGCGGCAUUGUUCUUCCCGUCUCAGAUCCAAGCUAUCGUAAGUCAUAUGCGGCGCACUGGAAGGACGAUGCCCAGCAUACGAGCAAUCGUCGUGGGUGGCAGUGUGUUCUCAGCUUCCGCAGCCGAUGCAACGCGUGCAGCAUUCAGUGGCCUCAAGGUCCUGCUCAACAUGUAUGGAAUGACGGAAUCGUGCGGCAUUGUUGCAGGUCAACCGAAGACGUGUGGUGGCCAAACCAAUGCUGGUGUUGGCGUUCCAACAACCGGUGUUCGGAUAAAGAUUGUUGACGUGUACACGCGUCGGAAACUUGGUCCCCACGAGACCGGCGAGAUUUGCUUCCAGUCAUUGUCUAUGGUGAGGGGUUAUUACAAGCGACCGAAGGAGACCGCCGAGCUUUUCGACGAAGAAGGCUGGUGUAAGUCAGGCGACGCUGGCUACUACGAUGAAGACGGCCAGCUGUACAUUCUCGAGCGACUGAAACAGAUGAUCAAGUGCAUGGAUAAUCAGGUCGUCCCCUCAGAGUUGGAAGAACUGCUGCUCCGCGAGCACGCACUCGAAAUCGCUGAGGUUUCCGUGGUGGGCCUUCCGCACCCGGACUACGGCGAGGCGCCGGCGGCUGCCAUCGUCCUUACGGAAGAAGGCAGGAGGAAUGACCUGCCGACACUCGUCGAGAGAAUAAAGGCCACGGUUGCCAGCAACCUUGCUGUGCACAAGCAUCUGUACGGAGGCGUUUAUUUCGUGGAUACUUUCCCGAAAACUGAGACAUCAAAAAUCAACAGAUCAGCCCUGGCGCGCUCUCUCCUAAGAGCAUAAUCUCUAGACUUUUGCUGAGUCCAGGAAUGUUUUUUGCCUCCAUCAAUAAAUAUUUUUUGGUU